AUGAAUUUUGGUAAUAUAAUUAUCCAAUUUUUUAAAUAUUUUUUAAGUUCUCCAUUUUUCUGUCAUUUAUUACCAAAUGCCUGUAAAAUAUUAUUAAAAGCCAAAAUUGACCAAAUAAUUCCUCUUUCUAACUUCUUUCCUUUUGAUGGUUGGUUACCUUUAGAGGACCCCUUAGCCCAUCCAAUAUUGUCUGGACUUUGGAAAGCAGAAGCUGAACUUUUAUUAUUUAAUGAAAAAACAGAAGAGGAAGAGGAAGGGAAAUUAUUAGCUAAAAUUGGAAAUGAAGGUUGGGUAUUAAUUAGAGAAAGUGAUGAUUGGCAACAAAAAGAACAUGAAGAUUUAUAAUUUGAAAUUUUACGAAUAUAUUCAAUUUU